AUGUCAGAGCAGCAGAGUGCCCCGGAGCAGCUGGCAGCUGGAAAGAGCCAGGGUGGAGCUGGAGCCACGUACAAGGUGGUGGUGUAUGAGUUUGAGAACUUCCAGGGCUGCAAGGCAGAGUUCACCAAUGAGUGUAAAGAUGUGACGGAGAAAGGAGUGCAGAAAGUUGGAUCUGUGAUAGUGGAGUCUGGACCCUGGGUGGGUUAUGAUCAGCACGGGUUCAAGGGGGAGCAGUUUAUUCUGGAGAAGGGCGAGUAUCCACGCUGGGACACGUGGACCAACAGUCAGAACAGCUACUCCCUCUUGUCUCUAAGACCACUCAAAGUGGACAGUGCGGAUCACAAGGUACAACUGUUUGAAAAAUCUGGAUUCAGUGGUAGAAAGAUGGAGAUUGUGGAUGAUGAUGUGCCUUCUUUGUGGGGUCACGGUUUUCAAGAUCGCGUGGAAAGUAUCAAGGCUCUAAACGGAACGUGGGUGGGCUACAAGUACCCUGGCUACAGGGGGCGCCAAUUUAUCUUUGAGAGAGGAGAGUACAAGCACUGGAAUGAUUGGGAGGCCCCUGUACCCCAGAUCCAGUCAAUCCGGCGAGUUCGGGACAUGCAGUGGCACAAGAGAGGCUGUUUCACCGUUCCCGACCCAGCUCCGGCUCCGGCUCCGGCUCCCAACCCCGGACCAGACCCCAACCCUAACCCAGCUCCAACACCUCCUGCAACGGCUGGAGCCAGUGUGGGACUCUUGGCACUUUCAUCCUUGCCGACACAUUCCACUAUGGCCACGGACCACCAGAUCCCUGCAUCCAAGCAGCAGCAGCCAGGUUCCAGUGCAUUUAAGCUCAUUAUCCAUGAACAGGAAAACUUCCAGGGACGCUGUCACGAGCUGACUGGCACCUGUAACAACCUCCAGGAAGCAGGCGUGGAGAAAGUGGGCUCCAUACUGGUGCUGUGUGGACCAUGGGUGGGAUACGAACAGGCCAACUGCAAGGGCGAGCAGUAUGUGUUUGAGAAGGGGGAGUAUCCUCGCUGGGAUUCCUGGACCAACAGCAGGCGUAGUGACACCCUUGCUGCAUUCCGCCCGAUUAAAGUGGACAGCCAGGAGCACAAGAUUGUCCUUUAUGAAAACCCCAGCUUCACAGGUAAGAAGAUAGAAAUCAUAGAUGACGAUGUGCCCAGCUUUCAUGCGCACGGCUACCAGGAGAAGGUGUCUUCUGUGCGGGUUCAGAGCGGCACAUGGGUGGGCUAUCAGUACCCAGGCUACAGAGGCUAUCAGUACCUGUUUGAAAAGGGGGAGUACAAAGACAACGCAGAGUUCGGAGCCCAGACUCCCCAGAUCCAAUCGGUUCGGCGCAUCAGAGACAUGCAGUGGCAUCAGAGGGGAGCUUUUCACCCCGUCAACUGA